CUUACUUUAUAGUUUGACAGCUCGUACUUGCUACGCACCGUCGUGACAGUAGCUGUAAACUCAAUUGCUGCUGCUUUCUGCAUUGACAAACAAACCGUUGCAUUUACCAAAACUGCCUGAAAAUGCUGUCCUACAUCAUUGGUUUGAUCCGAGGCGGAUUUGACAGCAUCGUCAACUUAAUCUUCAGACUCCUGUUCAGGAAGAGUAGACCCGCCCUCACCUUAGAGGACCCCAACAUUAAGUAUGCACUGCGGCUGCUGGACAAACAGAUUGUCAGCCAUGACACCAGAAAGUUCCGCUUUGCCCUGCCUUCCUCUGAACACAUCCUGGGUCUUCCCAUCGGGCAGCAUAUCUAUCUGUCUGCAAAGGUAGACGGGAAGCUCGUAGUCCGUCCGUACACUCCGGUGUCCAGUGAUGAUGACAAAGGCUACGUGGACUUAGUGGUGAAGAUUUACUUUAAAGAUGUUAAUCCUAAAUUCCCCGAGGGUGGGAAGUUGAGUCAGUUCUUGGAGAGCCUCAGGAUCAAUGACACUAUUGACUUUCGAGGCCCCAGCGGUCUCCUGGUGUACCAAGGCAAAGGUGCUUUUGCCAUUCAGUCAGAUAAAAAGUCCCCAGCUGAGAUGAAGACAGCCAGACAUGUUGGGAUGAUCGCUGGAGGAACAGGCAUCACUCCGAUGUUGCAGAUCAUCACCGCUGUGAUGAAGGACCCAAAGGACCAGACGGUGUGCUACCUGCUGUUCGCCAACCAGACUGAAAAAGAUAUUCUGUUGCGUCCGGAGUUGGAAGAGAUCCAGGUGAACCACCCGGACCGGUUUAAGCUCUGGUUCACCCUGGACAGAGCACCUGAAGACUGGGAGUACAGCCAAGGCUUCAUCAAUGAAGAUAUGGUGCAGGAACACCUGCCCGCCCCAGGUGACGAGACCCUCAUCAUGAUGUGUGGACCUCCCCCCAUGAUCCAGUUCGCCUGCAACCCCAACCUGGACAAAGUGGGCCACUCCAACAGCCGCAGGUUCACCUUCUAAACGUCUCAUUAGAGCAUCAAGUUAUCAUAAUCUCUCCUCAAAACAUUAAGGCACGCACAGUUACAGUGGUUAUUGCACUAUAUAUACACACUAUUUAUGCCAUGCAACGUUCACCAUGAAGCAGAAUCACAGCACGGACCAAUUCAUGUAAUCAGUAAGUGGCACGGAAGGGGGAAAAAGGUAAAUAUUAAGGCUUGGAAGGGUUCAAAAGUAGUAAGUAGAGGAGAUGGAUCAUGAAAGGUGUUGAGACUGUUAAUGAUGUUAUUCAAAAUGAUAUCAGAGUUGAGGUUUAAGGGAUGUUUUCUGAGUGCCUUAACACUUGCAAAGCUUUUUAUAUGCACUGUUUAAGACCACUUCAUUUGAACACAAUUGUAUUGAUUAUUCCAUUGAAGCUGUUGCACCUGUGUAAGAGUUAAACCUGCCCUCUGUCUAUCGUCAAAGAUGUCAAUAUUUUGCUAAUACAUGUUCUCUAACCUGUUCAACGGGAUGUUGUAACAGAUUUGUCUUUGUUGCAACAGUUGCUACUUGUGUUUGGAUAUGCAACAUAAAGAAAAUAAAAUGCUACUGAAUUUGA